CUCUCUCCCCCCCUCUCUCCUUUGCCAACUUGACAAAAUACACUACAUUCUUCUCAACCUAUACAAGCUAGCUCACAGAUUUCAGAAGGGAGAGAGAGAGAGGCAAAAGAAGAGCAGAGAAGGCAAUGAAAUGGGUUCAACAAAUCCAUUCAAAGAUAGGCCUCAAUCUCUCAUAAAGAAGCUCUUUCCAUGGACCUUAUAUGUUCUCAUACCCAUCGCCUUUAUUCGCUUAUAUUUCUACCCUAGAAACCUUCCCUCCUCUUCAACAGACCAGCUUCCCCACAACAACCAUAUUGUCAUCAAGACCUCUUCUUCUCCUCCUCCUCCGCCACCGCCACCGCCACCGCCACCGCCACCGCCUCCUCCACCUCCUCCUUCACAAGCUACGUACACACACAGAUCAGAAAAGGAAAGAGAAAAUAUUCAAAUUGCAUGUGACUACACAGAUGGAAAAUGGGUGGACACCAAGACUGGCCCUUUGUACAAUGGUACAAAGUGCGGCACAAUUAAGUAUGGCCAGAACUGCAUGAGACAUGGCAGGCCAGACAUGGAUUACCUCUAUUGGAGGUGGAGGCCCAACCAAUGCCAGCUUCCCAGGUUUGAUCCCAAAACUUUCCUCCAAAUCCUCAGAAACAAACACUUGGCAUUUGUGGGAGACUCCAUGGCUAGAAACCAAUUGGAGUCUCUCCUAUGCAUGCUAUCCACCGUCUCUUCCCCUAAACUAGUUUAUCGAAACGGCGACGACAACAAGUUCCGCCGAUGGCACUUCCCUUCCUACAACCUCAAGAUAUCAAUCUACUGGUCACCAUUUCUCGUCAAAGGUAUCGAGAAAUCGAACAGUCGAUACUAUAACCAAUUGUACUUGGAUUCCGUGGAUGAGCGGUGGGCGUCUGAGCUCGAAAAGAUGGACAUGGUUGUCCUGUCCGUAGGGCAUUGGUUUCUCCAUUCCGCUGUGUAUUACGAAGGAGGUUCAGUACUAGGUUGUCAUUUCUGUCCCGGUCAGAACCAUACCGAGAUCGGGUUCUACGAGGUUUUAAGGAAGGCAUUAAAGACUACCCUAAAGGCCAUAGUUGAAAGAAGGGGGACUAGAGGCACUGCGAUUGAUACAAUUGUGACCACAUUUUCACCACACCAUUUUGAAGGCGAUUGGGACAAGUUUGGGGCUUGUCCUAGGACGAAGCCCUACAAGGAGGGCGAGAGAAAAGUUGAAGGAAUGGAUGCAGAGAUGAGAAAAGUUGAGGUUGAAGAAGUGGAAGACGCUAAGGUGGAUGCUAAGCAAUUUAGAAAUUUGAGGUUUGAGGCUCUGGACAUCACUGCAUUGUCGUUAAUGAGACCGGAUGGUCACCCGGGACCGUAUAUGAAUCCUUUUCCGUUUGCUCAUGGAGUUUCGGAAAAAGUUCAGAAUGACUGUGUCCAUUGGUGCUUACCGGGACCUGUCGAUGCAUGGAAUGAGAUAUUGCUAGAUUUGAUGAGGAGGUGGAAACUAAAUUCAGUGGAGCGGCAACAAUGAGCAUUUAUCAGACGACAGAUAUUGGGUGGUGAUUGUUGGUUUUGUAUGUUUAGGUUUUUUUUCUUCUCUCUUUCUUGAGGAAAGAACCGCGAAGGAAGAGAAAAGACAAUGGAAAGAAGAAUAUGAGAAUCUAGCUAGCUUUAAUGGGGCCAAAGAUAACAAACAUGUCCAAGAGAGUUUUGGAGUUAUGUGAUAAUUUGCAAAACUACAAAUGGUUUUUGAUGUGAAGGUUUGAAGAUACUUAAGGAGCAUAGGAAGUUCUUUUUAGAUUGCAGAAUGUAAAGGUUGUCAUCUUAAUUGUUUUUAAAAGUACUGUCUGCUGUUGAUUUAUUUGUUUCCAUAUAUGUUAGUUUUGUUCUGAUUUUUGAUUCUAUAGGUAGUACAGGCUCUUAUGAUUAUAAUUAACCUUAUGAUCAUCAUUAUCUGUCUUGUGUUAAUUUUUGGUCCUUUUAACAAACUGAAUUUAUGAUAAGUCUUGUAAGAGAAAUUUU